GUUUUCCGAGCUUCGCGCGGGUUCCUAUCAUGACAGCACAGUUGAAUCCCUUUCGAAAUGCUUUCCGGCUGCCAACGAAGCAGCGAAUCAACUGGUUCCCCGGCCACAUGAACAAGGGCAUGCGCCAGAUCCAACAGAAGCUACGAAAUGUCGAUUGCAUUGUGGAAAUACACGACUCGCGCAUACCGCUGGCCGGUCGAAACUCUCAGUUCUUUGACACGAUAACCGGCAGCGGCGUAAAGCCGCAUAUACUUGUCCUGAAUAAGGUUGAUCUUCUGGGCCCCAAACAGCAGCGCAGCGUGCUCGAACAGCUCCGCAAGCAGCAGCCGGAACUGAAGAAUAUUUUGUUUACCAACUGCAAGGAUCAGCGGAAUCAUGGGGUGCUGGAUAUACUGCCUUUGGCCACGCGACUGGUGGGAGAUAGCAGUCGCUACAAUCGCGCCCAGAGCGCCGAGCACAACAUCAUGAUCAUCGGCGUGCCCAAUGUGGGCAAGAGCUCCAUUAUCAAUGUCCUGCGGAAUGUGCAUCUGAAGAAACGCAGUGCCGCUCGUGUCGGAGCAGAGGCUGGGGUGACGCGAGCUGUCGGGGAACGCAUCAAGAUCCAGGAGAAGCCAGCCGUCUACAUGAUCGACACGCCUGGCAUUCUGCAGCCUUCGGUGACGGACGACGAGAUGGGCAUGAAGCUGGCCCUGGUUGGCUGCCUACCCGAUCACAUUGUGGGGGAGGAUUUGAUUGCCGACUACCUGCUCUACUGGCUGAACAAGCACCGACGCUACGAGUAUGUGGAAAAGCUCUCCCUCAGCUCCGGGCCCAGCGACAACAUUAGCGCCGUAUUGGCGGAAUACGCCCAGACCCACGGCAUGUUCCAUCGCGUUAAGCAGUACGACGGGCAGGUGGAGGUGAUGACAAAUUUAUUGGCUGCCGCGCGAAAGUUCAUUCAAUUCUUUCGCACCGGCCAGCUGGGGAGCAUCAAUCUGGACGAGCAUGCAUGAGACUUAGAUUAAGGGAUUACAUGUUAAUUGCUAGAUAAGUAAAUGUCAAACUGUUGAA